CACCCCAGCCCUGGAUUGCAGAGAACACGGGCAGAGGACACAGCUGGGCAUCUCUGGGGUGCAGAGCAGGGGGGGCCACACGCACAUGUCUGUGCCGCCAGCAUCCCACACACACAGCAUGCAGGCUGCCGCCCCCGCACAGUGCACGCACUUCCUCGCAAGCAACUUGGCACGGCGCCCUGACAGUUUACAGCAUUGUCACUCACAGGCGCCCGCGCACACACGCCUCUUCCCCGGCGCUCUCUGACCUGGACCCCAGAACUGGAGCUACGACUUAGCCUGGUCUCUGCAGGCCCUGCCAUUCCUCCCUCCCCUCUAGGGGCUGGGUUUUUCCAGUUGGAGCCUCAUUCUCUCUACAGCAACCUUGGGAAAUUUGGCGCCUGAGGCUGUUCCUACACGUUAUUUACUUCCUCUUCUCCUCUCACUGAGACCCUCCGGUCAGGACAGCUGCAGUCCGGGACUAGAGACUGGCUGGAAGAAGCACAGGAGGUGCAAGGGAGGCCCCUUCGAAAGCCCCCAGCCCACUCAUCCCUGAAGGGGUCAUGAGCACCAGGCAGGAGGCCAGGAGAGAUGAGGGAGACACCAGGAGGGGACAGGAGGCAGAGCUUCAGGAUGGAACCCACCUGAGCCAGCAGCGCCGGCUCAAACAGGCCACCCAGUUCCUGCACAAGGACUCAGCUGACUUGCUCCCUCUGGACAGCCUCAAGAGGCUGGGCACCUCCAAGGACUUGCAGCCACACAGCGUGAUCCAGAGACGCUUGGUGGAGGUAAACCAGAGUCGGGUUCAGGGUGAGUCUCCCCUGGUGCAGGCCCUGAUUCAUGGCAAGGAGAGCAGGAAAACCAGCAGGACAGAGAUUCCAGCUCUUCUGGUCAACUGCAAGUGCCGAGACCAGCUGCUCAGAGUGGCCGUGGACACAGGCACCCAAUAUAAUCAGAUCUCCACUGGCUGCCUCAGCCGCCUGGGGUUAGGGAAGAAGGUCCUAAAAGCCCCAGUGGGGGAUGUGACACUUGAGCCCCCAACCCAGGUGGAGCAGCUGGAGCUACAGUUAGGGCAGGAGACUGUGGCGUGUUCAGCCCAGGUGGUGGAUGUUGAGAGUCCUGAAUUCUGUCUGGGACUGCAGACUCUGCUCUCUCUCAAGUGCUGCAUUGACCUGGAACAUGGAGUGCUACGGCUGAAAGCCCCAUGCUCAGAGCUGCCCUUCCUGCCUUCCUACCAAGAGCCUGGCCAGUGACCCUGCCCUAGUCAGUCCCUAGAGGAAAGACCUCAGGGGAAAAACCCUGUGAAGAAGAGGCUGCUCCAGCCAGGUGGCUGGGGACUAUUGUAUCUGUGCCUGUUAUUACCAACCUGACCCACCCCUGGUCCCAUUCCCAUUUUCCUUAGCUGGCCGCAUUCCUCAGCUUCUCAGCAGCUUCCUGUCCCCUGGGAGUAUUCACUAGAGGGCCUAUGAUUCUAAUUUCUGGUGUCCCUGUUCUCUCAUUCUCCUCCUGUGGAAAGCAAAACCAAAUCAGGACAGCAGAAAGCAUCCUAAGCAAAAUGGGUACCCUCUUGGCCCUCAGACUCUACUUAACUGCCCAUACCUGUCUUUUCUCAUCUUCUGGGACUUAUUAUCUCCCACAACUAGACUGCCUGGGUCCCUGGCCCUUCCACUGCCUGGCUCUGAUUUUGCACAUAUCUGCUCAUAGCUGAGUAGGGGAUGUAAUGUUAAACAGAAUAAUUCAAUACAAUAAAAGAAGGUGAGUUAGUACA